UUCUUUCGGAGGUACCACCCCGCUUCAUUGGCUAUCGACAAACUUUGAGAGCCAUCAUCCUCAUCAUGCGCCGAUACACAUACGCAUCGACACUCAGCUGGGCUGCUUCUUGUCUUCCUCUAGCUGUGUGCUACGCUCUAUCCGCCAGCUCCUACCUCAUCUCUCUUGCCGAUUAAAGCGCGCUGCUCGUCUGUUCAGCUUCCCAACAGUUCCGGAAACACCUCGCUUGGCAAGGAGCCCGAAAGGGCUCAGUAGCAAGAUGGUGGAGCUGACACGCGAAGACAGGAACAUAGAGACGUUGGAGCGCACCACGUCGGCCAUCUCUUUAGUCGGCACUUUCUGGAUCCUCCUGACCUUUGCCGCCUUUCCCGCUUUCCGCAAACCCAUCAACCGCUUGGUCGCCUAUGCGUGCAUUGGCAAUGUCUGCUCCAAUAUCGCCACCGUCCUCUCCGUCACCUCCUUCCCCGAACUCGGGGGCAGCAUAGCCCUAUGCAGAUUCCAGGGGUUCUUCAUCCAGAUGUUUAUGCCGGCAGACGCGCUGUGGACCAUGUGCAUGGCAAUCAAUGUCUACUUGACAUUUUUCCACAACUACAACGCCAACGAUCUACGGAAGCUGGAAUACCGGUACAUCGCCAUUUGCUACGGAAUCCCCUUCGUCCCUAGCCUCGUCUACCUGAUUAUUGAUGAGACCUCUAGUAUAGAUAUAUAUGGUCCCGCAAUACUCUGGUGCUGGGUCGCUAAGAGAUGGGGCUGGAUGCGCAUGGCCUUCUUCUACGGGCCGGUCUGGUGCAUCAUUUUCACAACAGUCUUCAUCUAUCUCAUCACUGGCAGGGUAAUCUUUGAACAGCGCCGCACCCUGCGUGACAUAGCUCGCAAGAAUGCAGAUCCGUUCAACAUCUCCACCACCGCUUCUGAGGCCGCCAGGGCCUGUGCCGAGAACACCACCACCCGUCACCCUCAUGGUAUGGACCCCGCGGCCUACGCUCUCGCGGAUAUGAAGCGCGACGUCGUGUCUGCGGCGCAAUCGGCAUCGACUGCCUCGGCAUCAUCCCGCCGAUCCUCUUCCUUCAGCAGCGGCCGAAGCCUACACCCCGCAGCACCGGCACCCUGCCUUCAGCCGCCUCGUAAUAACAGCCUAUCCAGCAUGAGCAUUACCGCAAUACCGACGUCACAUUCUAGCACGCAGCUCAGACCCCUUCCCGCGGCAGAGUGCACCGGAGAGCCUCCGCCGCUCCCGCCUCUCCUUUCCGCAGAACUGUUGGGUGACCUCGAGGGCCCGCCGCAGUUCGGGCGUACGCGUACGUGGGGUAGUGAAGGAGGGUUCACUGGUGGCAGAACGCUGCCGUGUGCCAGCGAUGCGGCGUGGAGCUAUGCGAAGGUUGCGUUUAUAUUUUUUGUCUCGAUGUUUAUCGUAUGGGUCCCCUCGACAGUCAACCGUGUAUGGCAGCUCGUACAUCCCGACGAGCCCAACCACUCCCUUCGCGCCGCGGCCUCGGCAGUCCUCCCACUGCAGGGCGCCUGGAACGCUGCCAUUUACACGUGUACCAGCUGGAGCCAGUGCUGCGACGCCGCAGUCAUUAUAUGGCGCGGGGCAGGGGCGCGCUGGCACCGCUGGCGAGAGGGAGUGCGCGAGGUGCCAGAGAAGCGGUGGCAGCUCCAGAAGGUCAAAAGCGGAGGAGCGGGAAGCGCAUGGGGUGCUGGAGCGUGCGGGACGGGCGCUGGCGGCGGGCUCGGCGGCGUGGAGAUGAGUCUGCAGGAAGCGGAGGAGGCCGCUGCGGCUAGCCCUGAUGAGCCGGCGCGGCGGCGGCCGACGGUCCCAUCUGGGGUUGCGGUGGCGGCGGCAGCGACGCUGAGGGCAGACGCUGAGACGCAGCAGAAGUGGGGGGUUUGCUUUGAUGGGCCGGAUGUGGAGGGAUUCAGGGCGGGGGAGGCAAGGGUGGGUUGGAGAGGGGGGGUUGCUGGAAGAGGUGGGGAUGUGCUUUUGGGUGGUGGGAGUGUUGGUGCGAGUGAGAGGCAGGCGCAGGUCAGGGUUGGUGUGGCAAUGCCUGGUGGUGGUGGAGGGGGGGAGGGGGUAGUAGAGGAAGAGGAGAGAGGAGAGGAGAGGAGAGAGGAUGUGAGAUGAGGUGAGGAUGUGCACUUAGUGCGAGCAUGGUUUGUUUGUUGCUUUGACCUUCUCCUUCUCUCAUCUCUCUCUCCCCUCUCCAUCCCCCCCCUCAACCCUCUCAUUCAACUAGUCUCACCUCCUCACCUCAUCGCUUCUACCCCUGCUCCUCCUCUCUGCUCCUAUCUCUCAUUUAUCAUGAUGCGUUGUAGCGCAGCACAACGCAACCAGCGCAGCGAGCAAGCCA